AUGGAGAGGAGGGCGCGAAGCUCUUCCCGAGAGACCCACGGGCGAGGCGGCGGGUCUCCCCGCAAGGAGAACAAGAGGGCAAAAGCCGAGAGGGGCGGCGGGGGCCGCGGGCGCCGGGAUGCCAGGCCGGAGCGGACCGGCUCGGGACGGGCGGGGAGCCCAGGAGAGCCCCGAGCGCCCGCCGCCACCGUGGUGGAUGUGGAUGAGGUCCGCUCGGGCGAGGAGGGCACCGAGGUGAUGGCGCUGCUCGAGAGCGAGCGGCCGGAGGAAGGCAUCAAGACCUCUGGUUUAGGAGCCUGUGAGUGGCUUCUUGUCCUCACUUCCCUGCUCUUCAUCAUUAUGACCUUCCCUUUUUCCAUCUGGUUCUGUGUAAAGGUUGUACAGGAGUAUGAAAGAGUAAUUAUAUUCCGACUGGGACAUCUGCUUCCUGGAAGAGCCAAAGGCCCUGGUCUUUUCUUUUUUUUGCCCUGCCUGGAUACCUACCACAAGGUUGACCUUCGUCUCCAAACUUUGGAGAUACCCUUUCAUGAGGUUGUGACCAAAGACAUGUUUAUAAUGGAGAUAGAUGCUGUUUGCUACUACCGAAUGGAAAAUGCCUCUCUCCUUCUAAGCAGCCUUGCUCAGGUGUCCAAAGCUGUUCAAUUCCUUGUGCAAACCACCAUGAAGCGUCUCCUAGCACAUCGAUCCCUCACUGAAAUCCUUCUAGAGAGGAAGAGCAUUGCCCAAGAUGUAAAGGUUGCCUUGGAUUCAGUGACCUGUAUCUGGGGAAUCAAAGUGGAGAGAACAGAAAUUAAGGAUGUGAGGCUGCCGGCUGGGCUGCAACACUCACUGGCUGUGGAAGCCGAAGCACAAAGACAGGCCAAAGUGCGGAUGAUCGCUGCAGAAGGGGAAAAGGCUGCCUCCGAGUCCCUGAGAAUGGCAGCUGAGAUUCUAUCAGGCACUCCAGCGGCUGUUCAGCUUCGAUACCUCCACACCCUGCAGUCUUUGUCCACAGAGAAACCUUCCACUGUGGUUUUACCUCUGCCGUUUGACCUGCUAAAUUUCCUGUCUUCUCCUAGCAAUAAAGCUCAAGGAAGCCUCCCCUUCCCAAAUCCUCCCAAACCUGUUGAGCCACUAAAUCCUAGAAGGAAAGACUCUCCCAUGUUAUAG